GCCUGAUUAACUGCUCUCAAACUACACAAGUAAAACUUCUCAUGCACACGAAUCGUGUUGUUCGUUGACCACAACGUCCUACUACCUGAUCUUGCUGGUCCAGAGAGCAGGUCGACACAUCGAUUCCUGAAUUAUUGAAGUUCUGAUCUUUUCAAAAGAUCCACUCAUUUAGGUUCAGAUAAUGUCUAAUCCUCUGACAGUAACACCACCAACCCUCACACCAACCCUUGGGAGUGUCUCGACGGCGCCGCCAACUACGCCGCCGCCGACUCCUACUCCGACACCAACGACUACAUCCACCAGUACUACUCCUACCUCUACUUCUUCCUCAACCUCGGCCACUAGUAGUACGACCUCAAGCUCGUCCACGACGCAAUCAACUAGUUCGACUUUGUCGAGCACUUCAUCCACCCAGACCAGUAGCUCUACCUCGACUACUGCUACUACUGCUACUACUCCUACCACAAUUGCAACAACAUCGACAACACCCACCCUUACUGCUUCAUCUUACACAUCAACCAGCGACGGUGUCGUAGUUACCAGCUUCACCUAUGUGACUGCAAGUCCCACUUCAACAUCUAAUGACAAUGCCGCCACUUCAACCAGCUCGUUCUUCUCAAAUACUGGGGCUGUUGCCGGUGUCUUCACCGUCGUUGGUCUCGUUGUUGUUGCGAUUUUCGUCGCACUUGUGACGAACGCCGUUCGCCGCCGUCGUGCUCAGAAGUUUGACAGGGACGUUGCGGAAGCAGCUGCGGAGGCGGCCGCCUCUUCGCGUUCGCCAUUCGAUGAUUACACAUACAAUGGCAGUUCGGGCGGCGGUGGCGGUGGCGGAUAUCCUUAUUCUGAUACCACUCAUGGGACUUUUGCUCAGGCUCCGAUGGGCCUUCCCACUGACACAUAUGGCAUGGGUGAGAUGACACAGUAUGAUCCGUACGCGGCCGGGGCAGUAUCUCUUGCUACCGCUAACGCAGGAGGGACUCGGAGCAGGCAAGACAGUGAAACCCAGCGUACACCAGGCAUCGCUGGUGUUGGUGCAGGCAACCUCGCUCGUGAGCCGAGUCGCAGGACCCCAUACCAUGCUUUUGCUGGUCCUGGCCCACAGCCCCCCCAAACGUCGGAUCAUACCCUUAGUGGGCGAUACAGACCUCGUGGUGUCGAAUUGCUCGAAGGCGCUGGUCUGGCGGACACCGGAGUUGCCGCUAUGACCGCCGCAAACAACGGAGCAUAUAUUAACCGCCGGCCUUCGCAGUAUACCCAACAGACACAUGGAAGUAUGCGUUCCCACGGGCACUCGCAGGGUCACUCGUCGAGCGAGAACUACCCCAUGCCCCUUCAGCCUGUAUACCAGUCACCCCCGCGCAAUGAUACCCAGUUCGCAGAUGCAUACACUGGCUUUGUUAAUGCUCCAUCUCAACCUCUACUGGGACCUGGCUUGCCCAAUCCUCACGAUACUUCCCCCUCGCCACCCCCUAUUCAGUCUCACAGUCCUGUGGGUGAAGUCGAGGGAGAAGAUGACGACGAAGAUUACGGUCAACAAAACCGUGUACUCAGAGUUGCAAAUGAGUAAUAAGCCUCACCAUAGAUAUUUACCCCGACUGCUUUGUUGCGUACUUGUGUGACUUAUGUGCGCGUAUUAUUUCCGCUCUGUCGUCGCUCUUUUCUGUUUAUUACCUAUGUCAAUAUGUUUGUUUUUGU